CUCCACCACCGAUCAUGUUCCGCACCCUCGCCCUGCGCGCCGCCUCGCAGGCCUCGGCCUCGGCCGCCGCCGCGUCGCCCGUCGCGCGCACCAAGCUCAGCACCGAGAUCACCGGCCUCGCCGUGCACCCGGCGCCGCUGGCGGCGCUGCGCUCGACCUACGAGUCGACGCUGCGCCUCCUCGACGCCCUGCCCGCGGCCAGCGUCUACGCCGGCGCCGCGCGCGCCGUGACGCAGGCGCGCCUCGACGUCGUCAACGGCGCAAGCGGCGCCGAGAGCGAGGCCGCCAUCCUGCACGUCGAACAGACGCUGCAGCUCGGCCAGGCCGAGGAGCUGCUGCUGCAGGCGCAGGACGAGCUCAAGCUCGCCGCAAAGAUGGCCGAGUGGAAGGCACACGAGCCGCUGGAGGUGCCGCCGCCGCCGCAUCAGUGGGAGUACACGUCGAUCGCACAAGAGACGGGCGAGGGUGGUGCUUAAGGAGCAAGAGCAAGCACAGACGACUCGAUGACAUGUGCG